CUUUUCCUCCUUCGCUACUUCGUUUUGUUUUUUGACCCUCGUCGCCUCCCGUCCAGCCGCUCCGCCGGGCCCGUGUGGACCCGUCGUAUUUAUCCGCGGAAAAAAGACAGGAAAAAAAAAGUUGAAGCUAAAUGCUAAAGCUAGCCUAGCCUAGCCUAGCAUCCUCCUGUGUGUGUGUGUGUGUGUGUGUGUCUACAGGCGUCACGUGGCUCCACGCACCCCGAAGACACACCGAGUCACUCCAUCUGCGGCCAGGGGGUCCGAGCGGCUGUGUUCGAGUCCCCGGUUGUGUUGGAGAUCAGCCUGCUAAGCUAACAGCUAACAGGCUGCGCAUUUAGGCCUCAGACCAGCCGCCGCAGCUUACUUGGUGACACAGAGACUUCUCCCUGAGGAGCCAAGAAGCAGACGGCUCAUGACUUCUGACCAGGACACGAAAGUUGUAGCUGAACCACAGGUGCAGCAAGUGCAAGAGGCAAAAGAGAACUCUCAUUUGGAAUCCGCCAAGGUUUCGGACCUCAACCCCAAUGCGAAAGCAUGGGCCAACCACAUGUUUAGCCUGGACCCCAGCGGGAGUGCUGACACCACAACUGCUGCCCUGCAGCCAUGGAAGGAGGGCUGCAAUAGUUCGGCCGACCCCGGCCCAGAAGGCUAUGAAGCCAGCGAGGACAAGGCUUUCAAGGAGCCCCUACUAGCCGACCCAGAUGAGCCUCCACCGGCACCAGUGAUGCUGGCCGAGCCACCGGCCCCCGUGGCCCCCGUGGCCCCCGUCACCCUGGAGUGCUCCGAGCCGGCCUACACGGAAUACCCCGAGCCGGGGCCACCAGGGCGCACAGGAAGUGAACCACAGCAAGAGAAUCCCCAGGAGGGUCUGAGGGAGCACCUGAAGAAGACUUUGGAGUUCUGUCUUUCCCGGGAGAACCUGGCCAGUGACAUGUACCUCAUCUCCCAGAUGGACAGCGACCAGUAUGUGCCAAUUGUGACGGUGGCCAACCUGGACCACGUCAAGAAGCUCAGCACUGACGUGGAGCUGAUCGUGGACAUUUUACGAUCGCUGCCAUUGGUCCAAGUGGAUGAGAAGGGGGAGAAGGUGCGGCCCAAUCAGAACCGCUGCAUCGUGAUCCUCAGAGAGGUUCCUGAGAGCACACCCAUAGAGGAGGUCGAGGCUCUUUUUAAAGGGGACAACUUACCCAAGUUCAUCAACUGUGAAUUUGCCUACAACGACAACUGGUUCAUCACCUUUGAAUCAGAAGCAGACGCACAACAGGCAUAUCAGUAUCUCCGUGAGGAGGUGAAGACUUUCCAAGGGAAGCCUAUUAAGGCGAGGAUAAAGGCGAAGGCGAUCGCCAUCAACACUUUCAUGCCAAAGAACGGUUACCGGCCAGUGGAGGUGAACCCGUACGCCCAGCAGCGCUACACCUCCUACUACAUCCCGCCGGUUUACAGCCCGCAGCAGCAGUUCCCCCUGUACAGCCUCAUCACGCCGCAGGGAUGGUCGGCCACACACAGCUUCAUCGACCCCACGCUGGUUGCACCGUUUCACAACAACCAGUUCAUCAAUGGAUUUACCACAUCGCACAGUUUCAAACCAGCGACGUCCCCGCUCACCGUCAGACACUACUCGCCCAGGAACAGGAAUCACAGUAAACCUCACUUGAGGCCGAGCAUCCCGACGGUGGAUCGCAGCGCGGGGCUCCUGGACAACCCGGGCCUUUUUCCCAGCUUCCCCAGCGAGAGGCUCAACGGGGUCCGCAGCAGUCCGCCGACACGACUCCCCACCAGCCAGCCCAGAACCCGGUUACCCUCCACCGCAGCCUUCCCCCGCAGGGACACCGUCGGCACGGGCCGAGUGACCGAGCCCACGACCCCGGACUACUCCCUGGGUAUCGGCCGAGGAAGGAAAAAUGUUUCUACUUCUAGGAAAAAGAGGGACGAAAAGUUUACAAGAGUGACGCCUCAGUCGCCGCCUCCUCCCCCCAAACCCCCGUCUCCGAGCUUCGAGCUGGGUCUCUCCAGCUUCCCCCCCCUGCCCGGAGCGGCCGGCCAGCUCAAGACCGACGACGUGUUCGACAACCGGCUGGCCAGCAGCGUCGUCAUCGGUAACGCCAAGGAACGGAAUGUAAGUGCCGAUUCCAGUUCUGGAGGAGGUCUCUCUCCAGCGGGCCCCAAAGAGCCACAUCGGUCCUCCGCCUCCCCGAUGCCCACGAGCUUCCAGCCCUCGACGACCACCCCGACGACGACCCCGACAACCCAGGCCUCAGCGCCGACCAUGACCCCGGCCUCCGGCCCACCACACAGUCCCGCCCCCUCCCUCCCAGCAGCGGAGGUGAAGGUGACGGAGGUGAAGCCGAAGGAGGUGCAGUUGUCCGUGGAGCGAGUCCCCGGCACUCUGUCCACCGCGAGCAAAUCAGUGCAAGUCAACGGCGCCGCCACAGAGCUGAGGAAGCCGUCCUACGCUGAGAUCUGCCAGCGGGUGAAGGAUUUCCCGACGUCACAGCAACCGCCGACCCCCAAGGAAGCCAAGCCAGCCUGCUCCGCCCCCGCAGGCGAGGACAGGAAGUGCCCCGACGCCGCCACCCACGGGGAGGCCAAGGCCAGAGAGACUUACCCCGCCGCCUCCUCCUCCAAACCCGGAGCCGUCAGACCCCCGAGGGAGACUCGGAGGCCGGCCGGGCGGUGGGCCUCCCCCCCCCACCCAGGGAAAAACCCCAGCAGAGAUCCCCACCCGACCCCGCCCAAGUCCCCGCAGUAG